CCAUGCUGGUGUACCGCCUCUUCCGCUGCUGCAACAAGCUGACGGCGAAGCUGCUGCACACGUUCCUGUACCUGCUGGCCGUGCCGUGCAUCGUGGUGGGCGUGAUCACGGUGUUCGACUCGCACAACCUGCGCGUGCCGCCCAUCCCCAACCUGUACUCCCUCCACUCGUGGCUGGGGCUCGUCACCGUGGGUCUGUUCGCCCUGCAGGUAACGCACACGCUGGUCGUGGGGUUCUUCAGUUUCUGGCUCCUGCUCUGCUGUGAGCAAGGGACAGCCAGCUUCCGAUCAGGCUUGGUCCCUGUCCACGCCACCUUCGGCAUCAUCACCUUCAUGCUAGCCAUCGCAACAUGCGUCACUGGAUAUACAGAGAAAGCCUUCUUUGUGAUGAGGGAUCCUGAGACCAAGAAUUUCACUUACUCGCUGAUGGGAAACGAAGCCAUCAUCAUCAACACCCAAGCCGCUGCACUGGCUGCCCUGGGAAUCCUUGUGCCUGUGAUGGUGGCUCUCCGCCCCUUCAGGAGGAGAUGGAGUGAGCGCCUGACGGAGCAUCUAUGAAACGAGGACUCAGCUGAGUUCAUACAGACACAUCUGUAGGUCAUGGGAAUGGGAGACAGAAGGAUUGGGUUUCUUGGCAUUGCCAGAGAAAUAUUCUAUUGGUGGUUCAGAGAUGGUUCAUGUUUGGUCUGUUUGAAUUUCAGCUCCUGAUAUGUAAAAGUAUUACAUGUUUACUUGAUGAUGAAGCGUUUUUUCACAAAAAAAUGUAUCUGUACAUGACUGUUGAAUAUGUUACACAGAAUGUGGAUUCUAGAAAAUUUAUUAAUGCACAUCUAGUAAGCAGUCAUCUUCUGAAUAAACUAAGUGUUAGAUUUCAAGGGUUAGACAACAGGAAAAGAGUCUUUUGUAAAGUAGAUGUCUUAGAAGGUUAUUUUUUCCCCAUUAUGUGUUAUGAAAUUUUUUUUCCAUCUGGUCAAUUAAUAACACCACUGAUUACAUAUUCACUCAGUAACACAUUUAGGCCAUGACCGAUUACAUGAAUGACUAUGUAAAAUCUGUAUACUUUGUUACAGGUUUGACAAUUAUUUAAAGAUGUUUUAGUUGUAACUGUAACUGCAUUUGUAUUUAGAAAAUACAUCAAAUCGAGAAUUGUCACCUUAGUUAUUACUAGCAAUAAUGGCAAUGGUAAAUCACACAGUUGGUCAGGAAAUAACACUUGAGUAUAUUUAUAUAUUUGUGUCACUUGUCAUUAAUGUGGAUAUUAUCUUACAAUGAAUUGAUGAGCAUGUGUGAGAAUGAGAAACUUUUAAUGCCUUGUAUGUUAUUCAGUGUAUUCAUGCAUUUUAUAUGCCCUGUAUUUUUAUAUAUGGAAGUAUAGUGUAAGUGUUUCUUUCACAGUGAAUGUGUAUGAAUGAUGCUUUCAUUCAAAGAAAUGUAAGAUGUUAAUUAAAGACAAUAUUAACUAAAUCUGGCAAUUUGUUACCAGAUACAAGUAAAUACUAGUUUAUGUAUUGUACAGUAUAUACAGCUACACAUGGUAAGCAUGAUGCAUUCCUGAAUGAGAGUUUUUUCCUUUUUUACUGAACUUCUUUGAAGUUUAGUAGGUUUUCAACCAAAAUAUUUAUUUUUUAUUGUAUGAUAUCCAGCUUGCGAAUGCUGGAACUCGAAUGAGAUUUUGAUAAUGUAGUAAUAUUAGUCAUUAUUGUAGAAUAUUUGGAUAUUUAAAUGACUUACAUUUUAUGGAUUUCAAAAGAAAUGUACUUACACAAAGGAUAAUUUGAAUAAUUUGAUGUAUCAGUGUAAUGUAUUAUGUUUUUUGAAGAGUUUACAUUUUUUUUUUAAUGUCAUGUGUAUCUUGAAGCCUUUGAAGUAUUAAAAUCAAAUACAAAAUAAUAUUUUUUGUCAGCAUUGUGUCUUUAGUUGGUAAAGCUGCAAUAUAAAGACUCACAUAAGAAUUAAUAUCAUAUUUGUGUUUGAUGAACAAUGAUAUAGGAACAGUAACUGGUGUACCAGUUGUUUGGCUCUUAAUUGAUAUGUAAAAUGGUAGAUAACUAGUUAAUGUUGAUGUAGUAAUUUUUGUACAAGCAGGAAAAAUAAAAUUACAGUGACA